AUUUAAUUGUUUUCUUUAUACAAAUUAGUUUUAAAUUAAAUAGCACUCGAGAGAUUAUAAAAUUUUAAGUGGGGAAAAAUUGCAAAAAAGUGUUAUAAAAUGGAAAUGCCAAUGCCCAUUGCUAAUGAUUUGGAUAAACGUAUAUCGGAUGCCUUUUGCAUAUUUGACCAUCAUGGCGAUAAAACCAUAGAUGUAAGAGAAGUUGGUACAGUUUUGCGUUUCCUGGGAUGUGUACCCACAGAGCAAGAGAUAAAUGAAAUCAUAACCGCUACGGAAACGGAAGAUUCCAGUGGGGAAGUACACUUGGCUAGGUUUUUGCCACAUGUUUCACAGUUAUUAAUAGAGCACAAAAUGGAACCAGCCGAACCCGAAAAGCUACUCGAUGCCUUUCAUGCAUUGGAUCCUGAGAAUCGUGGGAGUUUAACUAAAGAUUAUCUAAGUAAACUUAUGAUAGAGGAAGGUGAACAAUUUACUCAAGAAGAACUGGAUGAAAUGAUGGCUGUUGCUGUAGAUCCACUAACUGGCAAUAUACCCUACGAGUUCUAUCUUAAUCAACUAAUGGUCUAUCUAUGAGCAAAAAGAAACACCUAUAAAAACCAAAAUAUCAUCAAAAAAAUAUGGUAGCCAUCUAUCUUUCCAUCAAUAUUUCUAUAAAAAUAACUUUACAUUAGAAUUCCAACGAAAAGGAGCAAUUCACAGACAUUAACAUAAAUUCAAUAUAUAAAUAAAUGGAAAAAAUUAAUAAAUUAUGGCAUUGUAGAUGAUGGUUCUACCUUGA